AUGUCAUCUCCACGACGUCCCACCGGCUUAUGGGAAGCCCAACAACAUCAACGCGCUCCAUCCUCAACAUCCAGCUCCUUCCUAGAAAUAGGGCCACAAAAUGGCUGGCAGAUGAUGUCGACACGUGGCCAGAGCUUACCUGGGUUGCUGAGAAGAUAUUCAUUUUCGGAAGACACCAACAAGAACGACUCAGCCGAUGAUGUGGAAAAUGGAACUCAUGAAGAAACCAUUAGCGGCGUACGGCAUCUUACUGCUUCACCGACAAACGAAAGACCUCGUAGGCGAGGUUCAAUUCUUAUUGGAGAUACGAAGCCGGCGUUUCGAUGGUCCGAUUAUUAUACACCUCCGGAGAAGUUGGUUAAGCUUCGGAAACCCGUUCGGGAAUACUAUGAACGUAUGAACUAUCUCGUUUCCCGAUAUAGUUUCGUCGACCGUCUUCUAGAUUCAUCAAUUGCCCGUGAUCUGCUAGAAGACUAUGAUCGAUUUUGGGCAACCACUCAGCGAAGCCAUUUGCAACCAAUUACAGAGGAGCCACGAGCAAUUUCUCCCAGAUAUGAGAGAGCGCAACCCAACCUAACACCAACCGAGUCUCAGGAUACCGAUCGCGCUCAUCGCCAAUUGAAUGAGAGAACUCCACUGCUACUAUCGGCAGACGAUGCCGACGAGUCGAUGGAGUUUUCUCAGUUUUCUAAAGAACAAGACACUCGCCGUAUCGUCAUGUUGGCCAUUUAUAUUAACCUGAUAGCGAACUUGAUUCUACUAAUUGCCAAGAUUGUGGUCACAUUAAUGACCAGCUCCGUCUCUGUUCUUGCUAGUUUAGUCGAUGCAGCGCUUGACUUUUUGAGUACUGCUAUAGUAUGGAGUACUACACGGCUGACUGUACGACGUGACCGUCAUCGGUACCCGGUUGGUCGUCAGCGACUAGAGCCGUUGGGGGUACUUAUAUUCUCUGUGGUGAUGAUAACUUCUUUCUUCCAAGUUGCGAUCCUCUCGGUGCAGCGACUGGGCGGUGAAGAUCGCAAUUUGGUUGAAUUGACCAUCCCCGCGCUCGCCAUCAUGGGUUCAACGGUAGCCAUAAAGGGCCUUUGCUGGAUUUGGUGUCGAAGGAUCAACAAUUCGAAUGUACAAGCGUUGGCUCAAGAUGCUAUGACGGAUGUUGUGUUCAACAUUUUCAGUAUCAUUUUUCCAUUAAUCGGCACAUUCACCAAUACAUGGUACCUAGACCCCCUUGGUGGUUUUCUUCUCUCAAUGUACGUAAUCGUCAACUGGGCAAGUACUGCCAACGAACAUAUUGCCCACCUAACAGGCGCCGCGGCGUCACCCCUCGACCGAAGCGUAUUACUCUAUACUGUAAUGCGCUUUGCGGAAUGUAUACGCUGGAUCCAGAAUCUGGAAGCAUACUAUUCAGGUGACCGACUAAAUGUUGAAGUCGACAUUGUGCUUGAUGGACACACAAGCUUGCACGAUAGUCAUGAUAUUGGCGAGAGUCUGCAAUAUAUGCUCGAAAGUCAGGUGGCGAAUGUGGACAGGGCCUUUGUGCAUUUGGAUUAUGCGGAGUAUAAUCUGCCAACGCAUGUUGAUCAACACUCUUGACAGUCUCACUUUGGCUUUCCUAGGUAGGUAAAUACAUUUAUAAAAGAAGAUGACAAUGCACAAACGGUAUAUAUUCCAAUGGGCAACUAUCAAAUUUUUGAACAUCUCAAACAAUCCAAUCCAACCUGUCUUCCUAACUAUCAAACAAAAUUGCGGAGACAUGAUGAAAUUAAAUAUCCGA